AUGGCCUCUUUAUCCGUUCAGUUGACCGCCCCUAAUGGUCGUGUCUGGUCCCAGCCGACUGGAUUGUUCAUCAAUAACAAAUGGGUCAAGUCUUCGAACGGCGAGAAGAUCGCAAGCAUCAACCCAUCAACGGCCAAGGAAAUCACCUCUGUCUAUGCUGCUUCCGCGCAAGAUGUCGAUACCGCUGUUAAGGCUGCCCGUGCGGCCUUGAACCACCCCAGCUGGCGUGAUCUUCCUGGAAGCGAUCGCGGCAAGCUGAUGAACCGCCUGGCACAGCUCAUUGAAGACAACCGUGAGACGCUCGCGACGAUUGAGACUUGCGACAACGGAAAGCCAUAUACUGUGUCGCGGGACGACGACUUGACCGAGACGGCAGAGACCAUUCGGUACUACAGCGGAUAUGCCGACAAGAUCUUCGGACAGGUUAUUGAUACCACCCCUAAUAAGUUCGCUUAUACCGUUCGCGAACCCGUCGGCGUUUGUGGUCAAAUCAUUCCAUGGAACUUCCCUCUCUCGAUGGCCGCCUGGAAGCUCGGCCCUGCCCUAGCAUGCGGUAACACGAUCGUCAUGAAGCCCGCCGAGCAGACCCCUCUCUCAAUCCUGUUCCUCGCAAACCUGAUCGUGGAAGCUGGCUUCCCCCGGGUGUUGUAA